AAUCAUCAAAUUGGUAGUCGGUUAUUGGUUUUUAAGAAGACGUGUAAUUUUUGAAAAAUACAAUUUUUUCCUGACGUAGUCAAUUUGAAAACGCGGUUUCGAGCAGUUCAUUUUUCGAUAACUUUAUUUAUUAUAAAACAUGGCUAAAAACGAUUCAAAUACUAGUGAAAAUAAACCCAUUACAAUAAACAAAUGGGAUUACCUAGCUUUGAAAAAUACUUUGGAUGAUGCUGUCAAAGAAGUUUUUAUUACGAAGUAUAACCACGUUGAAAAUUUUUCUCUUAUUGAUUGUCGUUUGUUAAUAUGUACUUUUGCUGUUUUGGUUGCUGGUUAUGCACUUGUAUGGGAUUACUUCAACCCAUUCCCUAAAUCACGUUAUGUUCUUACUGUUUGUGUUGCUCUAUAUUUUGUGACAAUGGGAAUAAUAACAUUAUAUACAACAUAUAAAGAAAAAGGUAUAUUUGCUGUGACAUUAGAAAGAGAUGAAAGUGGUUAUAAUCCAGAUGCUGUAUGGGAAGCAAGCAGUUUUAUUAAAAAGCAUACAGGUGUUUAUCAUUUGAAUCUAACAAGGAAAGAUCCAGUUGGAGGUGUCGUAAAGGAACGUGAAAUUGCCAAAUCAGUUUCCCAUUUCUUUGACAUGGAUGGUACUUUAUGUGAAAAUGUAGUUGAGCAAGAAGUUACCAAAUUGCGAGAUGGUAUUUUGAAAAAUAAAAAAAGCGAGUAAUUCAAAGUUUUUGUUUAAAUAAUUACCUAUAUAGGUUCCUAAUUAUGUUUGUUUAAAUAAAAUUAUUUUUUAAAAAUGUU